AUGCUACUAGAUACUGGUAUUGAAGAAAACACUCCAACAUUUCCAAGAUCAAUGAAGAGACUAGAUAGAAUCUACUGUCAUCCAACACUACUAAACCAAAAUUCAAAACUGGUAGUCCACAACACAGUAUUUAACAAAUCAGAUCACUUUCCCAUCACAAUCACAAUACAAACCAACAGAGAAACAACAACAACAACAACAACCAAACUAGAAAGACUCCCUUGGACAUUAUGUAAAGAAAUUCUCAACAACAAACAUAUACAUGAUGGGUUAUCAGAAUUAAUCAGUAAGAACAAAGAUAAGAUCAAAUCAGUGGAGGAAUGGACGAAAUUUAAAAAUAAUGUCAUCAGAGAUUAUUUAAAAAAAGAACAAAACAAAAUAAAGAAAGAAAAGAACAAAAGAAAAUACGUAAUCCACAAAUUACUUGGAAAUUGUGAUAUCAUUCCAAAGAUGAGAAAAGAACUCAAUGAAGAAAUAAGUAGAAUAUUAGAAGAAGAAAGAAAGGUAAAAGCAUGGGAUAUCAAAUUAAAACUCCACCUGCAUCAAGAAACACCAAGCAAAUACCUCACAAGUAUCCUUAAAUCCAGAGCCAAAGAUAAAUCAAUAUUCCAAAUAAAAGAUAAAGAUAAUAAGACCAUAUCAGAUAAAGAGAACAUAGCAAAAAGAUUUGUUGAAUUCUAUCAAGAUCAAUAUGAAGAGAAAGAAGAUAACGAAGAAACCCACAAGAAGUUAUUAGAAAAAUGGGAAGUAGACGUUGAUUUAAUCAAGAAACUCGAGAUAGACAGACCGAUAAGAAUACAUGAAGUGACCAAAGCAAUCAAAACUUCAAGUAUCCACAAAUCUCCAGGUUUAGACGGUAUCAAUGCACUAUUCUACAAGUACCACAUCAACUCAAUAGCAAGAAUAUUGACUAUAGCUUUCAACGACCUCCUCACAAAUAAGAAAGAAAUCCCCACAAAAUUCAAAGAAGGAGUAAUAACAACAAUAUUCAAAAAAGGAGAUGAACUAAACAUUUCAAAUAGAAGACCAAUCACCCUUCUCAAUACAGAUUACAAAAUUUUAAGCAAAAUUCUCAACAGUAGAUUAUUAGAUAUCACCAGUAAAAUUAUCAACAAAUUUCAAAACGGCUUUGUUCCAAACAGGUUCAUCCAAGACAAUAUUCAGAUCAUGAAGGAAGUAAUAGAAAUAAGUAACAAAAGAAAGAACAAUACACUCAUUACCUUUUACGAUUUUAACAAAGCAUUCGAUUCAAUCAGCCACAAGAGUAUCACAAGAACAUUAGAGCAUAUUGGUAUCCCCCCAAAAUUCACAGCGAUCCUACUAAACCUACUCAAAGAUACUAAAAACAAAAUAAAGAUCAACGACUUUUUAGUCAAUGGAAUAACAAUCAGAAGAGGAACAAAACAAGGAGACCCAAUAUCACCAACAAUCUUUGCUCUAGUUUUAGAACCACUUCUAAUAGAUAUCAUCAAUGAUAAUACAAUCAAAGGCUUCACUCUACCAAAUUCCAAAUCAUUAAAACUCACUGCAUUUGCUGACGACAUAGCAACAUUUACAAACUCCACUGAAGAACUAAUGAAAAUUAAUACUAAAAUCCAAAAGUACUGCUCAGCAACAUCAUCAUCGUUAAACAAAGAGAAAACAGUAAUGAUAGCAAUAGGAGAUAUACCACACGAUCUACCAUUCCAAGAGAGUACAGUCCCAGAAAGAUAUCUUGGCCUCAAUUUCACCAAAACAGGUUUAAAUUCAAAAUACAACACUUUAAUCCAAGAAAUGAAAAACAAUCUAAUCAAAUGGAAAUCACAAGCAAUAACGAUGAAGGCAAAGAUGACAAUUCUCAAAACAUACGUUCUAUCCAAAUUAACAUACCAUCAAUACAUGGAUAAUCUAAAUGAAGAACAAAUUGAGGAAAUCAAUAACAUGACCAGAUGGUUCUUAUUCUCCUCAGUUAAGAAUACAUAUACAAAAGAGAGAAAAUACAAAACUAUGAUGAAAAUAGACAGAGCAUAUGCAGAUUGGAAAGAAGGAGGCAUAAAAUUAUGGGAUAUAGAACUAAGACAUAUAGCAUUCAAAAUCUGGUACAUGAACAGGCUACUCCAUAACAACUACAACAACAACAACAAUACCUUACAAGAAUGGUACAUGGAGCAAUUAAGUAGAAAAAAAGCCCACACUUCAACCCUCAACGAUAUGUGCAGACACUGGGGUGUAUUCAGAGUCAAAUUUUACCAAAACCAUCCAAAGAUAAAUGAACUUCCAGACUGUAUAAGAAACGACAAUGACGAACCACUAAAACUAAAAGAAAUUUACGAACUCAUGAUCAAAGACAGACACCCAACACCAAGAAGAACAGAAUGGCAGAAGUUAUGGGCGGUGAGAUACAACACAGCAAUACCCAAAGUAUUCAUAAACAUCAACAGCAUUUCUCACCAAAAAGGUAGAAACACCCUCUUCAGAUUCUUCUCAAGAUCACUUCCAGGUAUCAACCACGAAAGAGACACCAGAUGCAAGAUCUGUGGCCACCUAUUCAGAGACCCUUAUUCUCACCUCUUCACUCUAUGCCAAGAUAUCCUAGAUAUUGAAAAAACCAUCAUAUCAACAGUUAACAAAUUAUCAUUCAUCAAAAUCCACAGAUGGUCAAUGGAUACCUUAGACAUAUCAAAAUACAACAGAACUGAGAGAAUCUUCCCCAAUCUCAUAGGAAUAAUAGCACACCAAUUAUGGAAGAUAAUCUGUCACAAAUUGUUCAACACUGAUGAAAGCAAACCAGAGCCAAAAUUCGAGCAAAAGGUCAUAGAAACAGAAUUACUAAAUCUCAUCGAAACUGAAAAAUUCAUCACACUAAAGAAAAUCAAACACGACGAAGCAAUACUAAAAAACACCAAUCAAGAUCUUCACAAAUACAAAUUCAACAAAGCCUGGCAAACCCCAGGUAUUCCGAUUCACUUUGAUCCUGAUAUAUUUGAGGAGGUAAUCAGUGUCGAUGGGUGA